AUGACCCGUUCGACCAAAAUUGGUGCAAGCGACGAGCUAAUGCGAGCUAAUGCAAGAGUACACCAAAAGUUCGUCAGACUCACCCAAACGCAAGAUCAUCCACCAGACAUCCAAGUGGAUGACAGCUUCAUCAAAAAUCUCACAGAUGUGGAGAUUCCACAGGAUAUGCGUACCGUUCUCAGCUUGGGCCCGAAAUUUUCCAUCGAACCGAACACAGACCCAAUAAUCGAUCUUGCCUCUGACGUCGAACUAGCAAUACAACGUGAAGUACCGAUCGAAUCACAACGAACAGCGAGAGGAGAAGCUGUUUACUCGAUUGCGAAAUUUUCAAAGCAAGUCAAAAAGCUGACGCGAAUUGAUAGAUUUCUCCAGAGAGCCUUCAAGAAAACUAGAGAAUUCCUCCAGCAACAUCCGAAUCUAAUGGUAUCCAACAGUGACAAAGGCAACGUUACCAUUAUAUCCAACAAAGAGGACUAUCAUCGCAAAAUAGAAGAACUGCUCAGCGAUUUGGAAGCUUUCACACCGAUAGAAACCGAUCCUACGAAGACAGUGGCCAAUGCGUUAAACCGAUGCUUAGACAAUUUGUAUAAAGCCAACAUUUUGCAAGCUAAACUGAAAACCAGUCUGAAAACGUUCAAUGCCAUCCGGCCCAGACUGUUUGCUCAGAUAAAGUAUCACAAAGAAGGUAAUCCUGUACGACUCAUCGUAUCAACUGUCAAUUCUGCAGCUUACAAAGUGUCGCGUUUUCUGGCUACCAUACUAAGGAAAUCAUUCACCUCGAAGUAUUCAGUGAAAAACGCCCAGCAAUUCGUCAAGCAGAUGAAAGGAAUCAACAUAACGGCUGGAAACGUAUUGGUGUCUUUUGAUGUGGUCAAUUGCUUUGGAAACAUCCCAACGAAGCUAGCACUCGAAAUCAUUAGCCGAGAUUUCCACCUGGUCGAAGAACACACUCCGAUACCCAAAGACAAAUUCAUGAAGAUGCUCGAAAUCUGUCUGAACAAAGCCAACUAUUUCACAUAUAAAGGCAAAUGCUAUCGCCAAAACAGAGGCAUGUUCAUGGGCUCGUCGCUUGCACCAAUUUUGGUCGAACGGGUCAUCGAGGAAUUUGUGAACCGAGCUAUCGAAGACCUCAAGCUUGAUCCGGACUUUUGGUCCACAUAUGUAGACGAUCACCUCACGUCAAUCCCUGAAAGCAAGAUUGAGACUCUGAAGAACAAAUUGAAUAGCUACGAUGAAAAUGUACAGUUCACUGUCGAAGUUCAGGACAUGACCACCCGUUCCAUCAACUUCUUAGACCUGAAAGUGUACAAUGAAGGCACCCAGCUCAAAACGAAUUGGUACCACAAGGCCAUUGCGUCCAAUCGCAUUCUGAACUUCCAUGCAAAACAUCCGAAAAACAUGGUCCGAAAUGUCGCUAAGUCCUUCAUCAAGCGAGUGUUCUCGGUAAGUCACCGUUCGUUUCACGAAAGCAACCUGCACACGGUCAAACAGAUUUUGACAAAAAACAGCUUUCCACCGAAAAUGAUUGAUAAAAUGGUUAGUGAGGUCACGAACAAGUACAAAUUUGGUAACGUUUCCCGUGAACAGAAAAGCUACCCAUUUUUGGAUGCUACGAAACCACCAGAACGAAAAGGACCUCUGGCAAAUUCCACUAUGCAUGAACCGAAAGAAAUCAGCUUUAAGGAGAUGACCACAACACCGCCUCCAAAAUACCCGAAAAGAGCAUUGGGAUACGCUGGAAUAACAUACAUUGAAGGAGUCUCGGAAACCAUCAAAACACAACUGAAAGUACACGCACCACAGCUGAAGUUAGCCUUCCGGCCACCUUGCAAGGUAUCGCAAGCCUUCACGAAUAUGAAAGACAAGGUCGAAGACGCACAACAAUCCAACGUAGUCUAUGGCAUUCCAUGCAUCCAGUGCAGGGUAUCUUACAUUGGUGAAACUUCCCGUUGCCUUUCGGAAAGAUGUAGCCAGCAUGAAAAGGAUGUGGCGAAUGUAGCCAAGAAACCGACAAAAACGGCGCUGGUCAGACAUGUAAGUACAACCCAACACCAGUUCGACUUCAAUAGCGCAAAAAUUCUUCGUAAAGUGCGCACCCGAGGCUUGCUAAAGAUUCAUGAAGCGAACCACAUAAUUCUCAAUGAACAAUCCGUGGUCAACUUCAAAAAAGAUGCGAAACAUGUCUCACCGGUUGUGUACAACCUGAUCAAAAAGAAAAUGAUUGGCAAGAGUCUCAGGAACCAAAACAUCAGAAGUCCGACACCACUGCACACAUCAUCAACUGAAAGCGAACAAUCCUUUGAAUCGGUAGAACAGAUGUUUAGACAGUAA